AUGGCGCCCCCGGAGGGCCGGGGCUCGGCCUGGUGGCGCGGCGCGACCUCCGCCGCUGCGGACAGCAAGUUCGCGGGCUGCAGCUACAGGACGGUCGUCAGCACGCAGUGCGCCAUCACGCCCGACGAGGACGGCAACCCGCAGCGGGCCUGCGAGCGCAUCGUCAAGCGCCUGAGGGAGUGCCCUGGACGGGCGGCGGAGGUGAUCGAGAGGACGGAGGAGUCCAGCACGGAGGCGGGGUACCGGGACGCCGGCAAAGACCUGGGGAGGCUGCUGCCAAGACGGUUCGCGAACGGCGACGAAGCCGUCGACGGUGCCAUCCUGCGAUCCGACGUUGGACAACUGUAUGAGGACUUCUUCAAGGUGGCCGCGGAGUUCGAGCAGAAUUACGUCGCGGAAGGGCCCUCCGCCCGGGUGCUCCAGCCGGAGAACCCGGACGCUAGCAACGAGUUGGGCGAUCGAUCGAGGCAGGAGCCAGCGCCAGAUGGCGCGGAUAGUUUGCUUGGCCGGCUGUUCGGAAGGCGAGGCAGGAAGGGCCCUGAUGAGCCGUCACUGCCCACUCAGAAAG